GAAACGGGCGCUUGUUUCCGGCCGGACGGCUGAAAGCCACCGAUCCUGAACCGGCCGCUGGAGUCUGAGUGGCGACCGAGUGUGCAGCAGGCAAAAAGACGCUGGGAGAGGCCGGUCCCCAUCAGUCCCUUCUGACUCCAGUUCCAGAUCCCGUGCGGAGCCACAGCCGCGGUCGCGGCGUCCGCCGCCGUCUCCGCCUCACCGUCGUCGGGGGAGGGGCCGCUCGGACCCCGGGGUCACUGCCGAGGAAUGAGGAGAGGCGGCCGGGCCCCGCGCUCUGCCCCGGCCUAGGGCCUGGCCGGGAGUCGCGAGGGUGGAGACCUGAAUUUUGGUCUGUGUCCUACCACAUCCAGCUACCUGAAAGUACUUCAUGAUCACAUGACCUUGGACAUGGAUGCUGUCCUGUCGGAUUUUGUCCGUUCCACAGGAGCAGAGCCAGGUCUAGCCCGAGAUCUCCUGGAAGGAAAAAAUUGGGAUGUGAGUGCUGCCCUUAGUGAUUUUGAACAGCUACGUCAAGUGCAUGCUGGGAACCUGCUGCCACCCUUUGGUGAAGGGAGUAGUGGCUCCAAGACCUCUGAGAAGGGGUGUUCUGAUAGAGAGUGUGCUCGCCCUUCCCGACCUACCCUGCAGCGGCAAGAUGACAUCAUUCAAGAAAAACGCCUGUCUAGGGGCAUCUCCCACGCCAGUUCCAGCAUUGUCUCCCUGGCCCGGUCCCAGGUCUCCUGCAGUGGUGGGGGUGGGGGGAGCAGUGAGCACCCCCUGGAAAUGCCCAUCUGUGCCUUCCAGCUUCCAGAUCUCACCGUGUACAGUGAAGACUUCCGCAGCUUCAUAGAGAGAGACCUCAUUGAGCAGUCCAUGCUGGUUGCCUUGGAACAGGCAGGGCGUUUAAAUUGGUGGGUUAGUGUGGACCCCACCUGUCAGAGACUUCUUCCUUUGGCAACUACUGGAGAUGGGAACUGUCUCCUGCAUGCAGCUUCUCUUGGGAUGUGGGGCUUCCAUGAUCGAGACUUGGCACUGAGGAAAUCUUUGUAUGCAUUGAUGGAAAAGGGAGUAGAGAAGGAAGCACUGAGAAGACGCUGGAGAUGGCAGCAAACACAGCAGAACAAAGAGUCAGGACUGGUGUACACAGAGGAAGAAUGGCAGAAGGAAUGGAAUGAACUGAUCAAGCUUGCCUCAAGUGAGCCGCGAAUGCAUCUCGGUACCAAUGGAGCCAGUGGUGGAGGGGUGGAGAGCUCUGAGGAGCCUGUAUAUGAGAGUUUGGAAGAGUUCCACGUCUUCGUCCUUGCUCAUGUGCUCAAGAGGCCGAUAGUGGUCGUGGCAGACACCAUGCUGAGGGACUCUGGAGGGGAAGCAUUUGCUCCUAUUCCCUUUGGGGGAAUCUAUCUGCCCUUGGAGGUUCCCGUCAGCCAGUGUCACCGAUCUCCUCUGGUGCUCGCCUAUGAUCAGGCCCACUUUUCUGCACUUGUGUCCAUGGAGCAGAAGGAAAACGCCAAGGAACAAGCUCUGAUCCCACUGACAGACUCAGAGCAAAAGCUGCUGCCUUUGCACUUUGCAGUGGACCCAGGAAAGGGCUGGGAGUGGGGCAAAGAUGACAGUGACAAUGUCCGAUUGGCCAGUGUAAUUCUGUCUCUGGAGGUCAAAUUACAUCUGCUGCAUAGCUACAUGGAUGUAAAAUGGAUCCCACUAUCCUCUGAUGCACAGGCUCCUCUGGCGCAGCCUGAGUCCCCAACAGCUUCAGCUGGUGAUGAGCCUCGAUCUACUCCUGAGUCUGGGGAAUCUGACAAGGAGUCAGUUGGCAGCAGUUCUACCAGCAAUGAGGGCAACAAGCGGAAAGAGAAAUCCAAGCGAGAUCGGGAAAAGGACAAGAAGAGAGCAGAUUCUGUGGCUAACAAACUGGGCAGCUUUGGCAAAACCUUGGGCAGCAAGCUCAAAAAGAACAUGGGAGGCCUGAUGCACAGCAAAGGCUCUAAGCCUGGAGGGGUGGGCAUUGGGUCAGGGGUGAACAGUGGCACUGAGACACUGGAGAAGAAGAAGAAAAACUCACUGAAGAGCUGGAAGGGUGGCAAGGAGGAGGCAGCUGGGGAUGGGCCUGUGUCUGAGAAGUCCACGCUGGAGUGUGUCAGUAAUGGAGGGAGCAAGUAUAGCCAGGAAGUGAUGCAGAGCCUGAGCAUUAUGAGGAUCGCAAUGCAAGGGGAGGGUAAAUUUAUUUUUGUUGGAGCCCUGAAGAUGGGUCACCGUCACCAGUAUCAGGAGGAGAUGAUCCAGCGGUACCUUGCUGAUGCUGAGGACAGAUUCCUGGCAGAGCAGAAGCAGAAGGAGGCAGAGAGGAAGAUCAUUAAUGGAGGGGUAGGGAGUGGGCCUCCUCCAGCCAAAAAACCGGAGCCAGAUGGUGGGGAGGAGCAGCUGACUGCGCCCCCAGGAGAGCCCAAGGCAGUGGCCUUCUCAGCUGGCUACCCUGGGGGCUUUACUAUCCCUCGGCCUUCUGGGGGUGGGGUCCACUGCCAAGAACCAAGGAGACAGCUGGCAGGGGGUCCUUGUGUGGGGGGCCUACCACCAUAUGCUACCUUCCCCAGGCAGUGCCCUCCCGGUCGACCUUACCCCCACCAGGACAGCAUCCCACCUCCAGAGCCAGGCACUCACUCCAAGGAUGGAAUUCACAGGGGCACAUUGUUGCCAACUCACUUCCGUGUGGCUGAUUCCUAUAGCAAUGGCUAUAGGGAACCCCCUGAGCCAGAUGGAUGGGCUGGAGGUCCCCUGGGGCUUCCCCCAACCCAGACCAAGUGCAAACAACCGAACUGCAGCUUCUAUGGACACCCUGAGACCAACAACUUCUGCUCUUGCUGUUAUAGGGAAGAACUGAGGAGGAGGGAACGCGAACCCAGUGGGGAGCUGCUGGUGCACAGAUUUUGAAUGGUGGGACCUUGGAGGGCAAGGGGGCUCAACAAAGUUAAGCUUGACUAUUGGCUCAUCAAGACCCAGCCCCAUGUUGAUGGGGCAAGUGCAUAAAUGUUUGUGGGAGCCUGACUGGAAACUUUUAAGUCUGUGCACAUUGAAGUGCUGCCAGGCUGCUAAGAGCAGCUAGGGCUGGAUGCUGCCUGAGGGCUGCACUGCUUUCCAGAGCUUGACUUGAUGGGACUUAGGAGCCAUGAGAGACAGUAGAUGGUGAUUCGUUCUAUAACGUCUUGUGUUCCAUCCCAGAACCUAAGGGAAAGUAGUAGGGGAAGGUUUGGUGUGGGUGGGAGGAGGGCAGAUGCCAGGGAGGAACAGGUAAAGAAUGUUCUCAGUCAAAGACAAGAUAGACCAAAGUUCUUUUAGGUUUGGAAGAAAUACAUGGUGAUGGAGCUGGAAGUGUAAGGGAAACAGAUACUGAAUAGAUUUACUGUUGAUUUUAAUAAGGUAUGUGGCAAGGCAGGGCAAUACUGUGCACUCUUGGGUACUUGUUAGGGACAGAAAAUAGUUAAAAUCCCAGUUUAUAAAGAUGGGAGAGGGAAGAACUUAAAGGGAAUUCCCUUCCUCUUAAGUCUUCCUUCUACAAUCAGCUGUCAUCCAUCUAGUUGGAGAGGACGGGUAAGAUUGUCCCUGUCUUUUCCUCAUCUAUUUGAAGGCUAAGCUCGGCUAAAUUAAGAAGGUUAUGAUUUUUUAAAAAAAUAUUUAAAUUUUAUUUUAAAAACAUUUCCUCUUGAGGAAGAGAGUGUGUUGAGAAGAAUGGCUGUUUUGAUUUUUCUCCAGGUGAAUGGGUGCAGAGUGAUUUGUUUUUUAACUACUUAGCAAUAACCAUAAUGGGUUUGAGUGUAUAGUACUUUGGGACAGGUUGGGGAAGGACAGAUAUUUUGGUCAGACUGUUUGAAACCAAACCAAAAACCUAUGUAAAGCACUACCAUCUUCUGCUGCUGUGUUUCUGUAGAAAGCAACUUAUUUUAUUGACUAAUUUUUUUAAGGAAAAGAAACAAAAAAUACCCCAACAAACGAAAACAUUUUUAAGAAUUAUUAUUUUUUCCUAUUUAAGUGAUUCUUUCUCCUUCCUCUCUACUUUUGGAGAAUGAAUUUAACAUCCCGGCUUCUUUUGUUAAGCCAUAGUUGACCUUAAUCUGUGGUUAGUUUAUUAAAAUAAUAAUAAUAACAUACUUUGUAAGAAAAGCUAUUUUUGAUAUUAGGACUGAUGUUGAAACAUAGAUUGGGGACUUGGGCAAUUUAUAAAAAGGUAGUUAAAAAUAUAUUUUAGUGAACUAUAACCACAGAUCACAUAUUACUCCUGAUGAGCCGAUCCCUGGCUUAGCCCUGCGUUCCGGGGGUCAGGGAUGGGGAUGAGGACACAGAAGGGGCGCUCUUCUGCAUUUUGCACAAAGCACAAGUCUGCUCUGGCCAGAGCUGUUUCUAAAAGCUUUAAACCAGACCUAUCCUGGGCCAGUUUUUCUUUAUAUAUUUUUCUGGUGAAAAACACAAAAAACAAACUAUGCAAUUAUAUAUAUAUAUAUACACUCCGGGGUGCAUAUACAGAAGGAGAAUAAGUGCACUUACGUGUCCAGAAUGUUAAUUGGGGCUGCUUUUCUGUACUUGGAUUUCUCUGUCGAGGCACGUGUUAGUCGCCAUCCCGUGGACUGUAAUCCGCACAUCUGAUCUGGGGCACGCGUAGUGUGAAGAUGCCUAUGUGUGCCGGGGGAACUUACUUGUGUGUGUUCCCUCUGCCCAUUCAGGAAACAUUUUCAUUUCAUUUGCCCUUUGGUAACAAAGUCAGCCAAGAUUUUCUCAGUGGAACUACUUUUAGAAAGGUUCUUUUCUCCAUAACAGACUUGAAAAUCACUUUGCAAACUGCUGGUCUGUCGAUUCAAUCAUUUCAUAUGGCUGUGAAGUGUUAGGCUUCUAUUGGACAGUAAGGUGGUUUUAAGGAAGCAGGCUUCACAGGAGGGUUUAUGGUAUUUCUGGGCAGAGCUGACAGCUGAGACAAGCACUCCCCUUAUAUGCAGAAUUUAAAAGGGCACUCAGUAAUCAAUAACACUUGAAAAAAAUUUAGAACUUUAAAAAAAAAUCAAAAUCCAUGCUGAACACAGUAUCAAAAUUUUAAAGACUAGGCUCACUGGCACAUACGUGUAAUGCCUGCACUCCGGAGGUUGAGCCUGUGAGUUCCAGACCACCCUGAACUUAGUGAUUCCCUGUCUCAAAAAGAAAAACUAAGAAAAUUAAGACUGGAUCUGACAGAACCAGAAAUAGUAUGUGGGAAGCAAGAUUGGAGGAACACCUAUAGGAUGAUUCCUGUCUUUAUAUUUUGAUACAUUGUUCAUCAUGAGUGCUACAUUUUUAUUUGUAAUGCAUAUUGCACUGAAAUAGUGUUUAUCUUGGUUUUUGAGUUUUUAUGCAUCCCUCAUUUUGUACCCUAGGUGAAUGCCUUGUUCACCCUGCUCUUGCCCAUUUCUGGGGUUUGAAUGACACUGGUCAGACCACCCGGUGAGGCCUCUCUGUCCCUAAGUGCACAGCUUGCUUCUCCCACAGAACUGUCAGGAGGGCUCUGGCCUGGACCAAGUGGCUGGGAGCAGCCAGGGGGUUCCCAGAGAGAAAGCCAGGGAAGACAAUUCUCCACUGGACUGCUGGGUUUGGACUUGAUUUAUUAUUAGAUUUAGCUAACACUUCUGUUUUUAAAAACAGGAAAAUGAGCAAAAGUAGAAACCUUGUAUCAUGUUUGUUUUUAUUUAUAAGUUCCCCAAUUCCCUUUGUCCUCAAAGGAAAAAAGAUAGAAAUUCAGGGGAGGGGAAGGGAGUCCUGAGGCGACUAUGAUAAAGUAGGGCUUUAGGCCUUAUAGCUUUUUAUUAAUAAAUUAUUUUUUACUUGAGAAGGUAACUAGUAAGGCUUUGGAAAACUUCAUUCUAAGGAUGAGGGACUCUGAGACAAUGGAUAUUUUAAAAAUAGGGAAUACUAAAGUUUGUUUUGGAUUAUCCUUUUGAGGAGGAUUUGGGUAGGAUGUUUUAAGGAAUAAUGCCUGGGAAAUCAAGGUAGACAAAGAUCACUUCAUAUUUUGGAAAGAUGAAUGGGCUAUGCAGUCCUGUGCAGUAGCAUGUUGGAGCUGAGGGAGAGGGUUACACGGCAUGUACUCAAAAGUAUAAAGAUUCUUGGUGCUGGGCAAGGUGGCACUUGCCUGUAAUCAGCACUUGGGAAGCUGAGGCAAAAAAAUUGGCUGGCAA